CUUUUUUCUUGAGACUUUGGCAUUUCCUUUUGCGGAUUAUUCUCUUUCCGGUACAUCAUGGCGCCCCCCACACCUCUCUUAGCAGUCCGGGGAUCUGACGGGACAGUGCUGCUCCGUGGACCACCAAACUGCGAGAAGCAUGCAGAUUUUCAAAGGGACCCUCGGCAAAGUAGAUAUGUUGCUUUCAGCAAGGAUGGGACAUUGUUUGCAUGGUGCAAUGGAGAGAAGGUCACUGUUGUGAAGGUUGCAGAUGGCUCACAAGUCAGGUCAUUUGACCUUCCAAAGACUUCAAUGUUGGGGUUCUCUCCGCUGAACACUGUACUGGCUACAUGGCAGGUUUAUAGCAAGACACAAGAAAACCCACAGGGAGAUGCCAACUUGCAGCUGUGGGAUUUGCAAACUGGGACCUGCCUCAAGGCUCUCUACCAUAAGAAGGUACAGGGAUGGUGUCCAAGCUGGUCAGAUGACGAGAAGAUUGCGGUCAGGAGUGUUAACAAUGAACUUCACUUUUUUGAGAACAACGAUUUUAACACCAUUGCCAAUAAGCUUCACUUGCAGAAGGUGUCCGAGUUUGUGCUAUCCCCGGGAAGUCAGCCUAGUAAGGUGGCUGUUUAUGUCCCUGGGAGCAAAGGUGCCCCCUCGUUUGUCCGGCUAUACCAGUACCCUAACUUUGGUGGCCCGACCUGUGCUCUGGCCAACAAGAGCUUCUUCAAGGCCGACAGGGUGACCAUGCUGUGGAACAAAAAAGCCACUGCGGUUCUGGUGCAGGCCAGCGUAGAGGUGGAUAAAACGGGGGCCUCAUACUACGGAGAACAGACUUUACACUACUUGGCCACCAACGGGGAGACUUCUGCGGUGCAGCUACAGAAGAACGGGCCCAUCUACGAUGUGGCAUGGAGCCCAAGCUCCACAGAGUUCUGCGUGGUCUAUGGCUUCAUGCCCGCCAAGGCUACUGUCUACAACCUCAAGUGCGACCCUGUCUUCGACUUCGGCACGGGUCCCCGCAAUGCUGUCUACUACAGCCCCCAGGGCCACAUCCUUGUCUUGGCUGGCUUCGGGAACCUGCGGGGCCAGAUGGAGGUGUGGGAUGUCAAGAAGUGGAAGCAGGUGUCCAAGCCCCAGGCGCCCGACUCCACCCACUUCGCCUGGUGCCCGGACGGUGAACACGUCGUCACGUCGACCUGUGCCCCCCGGCUACGUGUCAGCAACGGCUACAAGAUCUGGCACUACACCGGCACGGUUCUGUACAAGCAGGACACGCCGACGGGCACAGAGCUCUGGGAGACUGUGUGGCAGCCCUUCCCAGAUGGGACGUUCCCUGAGAGGCCGGUGAAGUACCAGGCAGCACCCAGCGAGCUGGGCAGCACAGAGGCCAAGCCAGCUCAGGCCUACCGCCCUCCUGCCCUACGGAAUAAACCAGUCACAGCCAGCUCCAAACUACAUGAAGAGGAGCCUCCACAGAACAUGAGGCCUGGCGCCACCGGGGACAAGCAGCUGUCCAAGACGGCUCUGAAGAACCAGAAAAAACGAGAGGCAAAGAAAGCAGCCAAACAGGAGAUAAACUCAGAUGCCCUUGAGCCCCAGUCAGAUCCCUCUCCAGCCAGCAGUGCUCAGCCUGAACUCUCCUGUGGCGACCCAGAGACGGACAAGAAGAUCAAGAACGUAAAGAAGAAACUGAAAGCUAUAGACGAGCUGAAAGCGCUGCAAGCAACUGGGAAACCCAUUCAAAAGAACCAGCUUGAAAAGAUGGAAAAGGAGGCUCAACUCAUGAAAGAGCUUGAGGAUCUUCAACUAGUAGUAUAAAAGAAAAUAUUCAAUUUGUUAAUGAAACACAACAUCCUUACCAUAUGAUCAAGAGCAUACCCAAAGCUAUCUAUAAUGGACACCCCCUCAAUCUACACACAAUACCCCAUAAUGACAAAGCAAAAACAGGUUUGACAUUUUUGUAAAUGUAUAAAAAAAAAUAAACCACAUUUACAUAAGUA